CUCUCUUCCAUCCCCUGAGGGAAGGCCAGCUCAAGCGCCGCGAUGGAAGCGGCCAAAAUGGCGUCGCCUAAAAGCGCCCCGAAGGACGCGCAGGUGAUGGCCCAGAUCCUGAAAGACACGGGGAUUACAGAAUAUGAGCCCCGGGUUAUAAAUCAGAUGUUGGAAUUUGCCUACAGGUACGUGACGACUAUCUUGGAAGAUGCGAAAAUUUACUCCAGCCACGCCAAGAAGUCGAGCGUCGACGCGGACGACGUGAGGUUGGCCAUCCAGUGCCGGACAGACCAGUCGUUCACUUCCCCGCCGCCCCGAGACUUUUUGCUGGACAUUGCAAGGCAGAAAAAUCAAACCCCGUUGCCUUUGAUUAAACCCUACUCCGGGCCAAGGUUACCUCCAGACCGAUACUGCCUGACAGCUCCAAAUUACAGGCUGAAAUCUUUGCAGAAAAAGAUCUCGUCCUCUGCUGGCAGGAUCACCGUGCCCCGGCUGAGCGUUGGUGCCGUCACCAGCAGGCCUAGCACACCAACCCUAGGGCCUCCUUCGGCACAGGCGGUGUCCGUUUCUACCAAAGUCGGGACCCCCGUCUCGCUGACCGGACAGAGAUUCACCGUCCAGAUCCCCACCUCUCAAACAUCUGUAAAAUCAGCCACCCCGACUACCCCCACCGUCCAGAACGUCCUGAUCAACCCCUCCCUGAUCGGCUCCAAGAACAUCCUUAUCGCCACCAACAUGGUCUCCUCGCAGAGCGUGGCCGGCGACUCCAACAUCUUGAAGCGGAAGCACGAGGAAGAGGAGGACUACGACACCUUAUGAGUUCUAUGGGGUUCAGCCCCCUACUCCCGCCAUUAACCCCCCCCCCCCAUUGUUCUUCCAUCUUGUGCCUGAUCCGGCACCAAAUGCAUGUUCAGCCGGGAUACCCCAGACUUAAAAUGGCCACCUCGGGUUGAGUCCUUUUUCACGCUCCCCCUCAUUUCCCCCCUCCCCAAUUAACUUAUUCUCCGGGGUCCCUGAGCUAUUUUUUGUAGGCAGCAGAGCUGGGAAUUCAAGUCAUCCAGGGCAUCCCGCCCCCACCUUGUAAAAAGAUACUGAUUGGAGGACGGCAGAUAAAACUGCCGUUAUUUAGCUUGGAAGGGAAGGAAAUAUGAGCAGGGAGGUGUUGGGUUCACACAAUCGUGUUUUUUUGUCUUUUGGGGUCCCCCUCAGGGUUGUGGAAAAGCCACUUGUCUCCCGUGUUUGUUGUAAGUCAUCCAUCAUCUGGCCGAGACUGCGACGAGAAAGGAAACGGGAGAAAAAAAAAUGACUUUUUCCUUGGUUUUCUGAAGGGAACAAUCGCACCCUGGUGUGUGUGACACAAAAAAAUCUGCAAAGUUUUGUUCUGUUUGCAUGGGGGGCAGGGAAACAGGCACGGCAUUGUGUUGAUGCAGGGUUGUCGACUCGCGUUGCCCAUUCUUUCUGGUUUUAAAGAAUCCGGCUGCAAAAUGCAUCCCUCCCUCCCCGUUAUUUUGUAGGCCGCUGUCAUAAAAAGUAUCAUUUCUAUUUCUUUGGAGAGCUGCAUUUAUAAAUUAAACAUUUCCCCCCCCCCCAUGAGGAAUAAAUAAAUAGAGAUGUUUGGUUUUUC